GUUCUGAUUUGAUCAAACCUAUCUAUUAUGGCCAUAAUAAUGAAAAUAUUAAAGAAUUUUUUGAAGACUAUAAGACAUAUAGUGCAUUGAAGGCAUGUGAUAAUGACAAAAAGCAACAGUAUAUUCAAGAAUUAAUAAAACCUUUUAGAGAAAGAGUUGAAAUGCAGUAUUCUGAAACAUAUAAAGACACAAAAAAACAAAACAUAGUCAAAUCAGAUAUAGAUGAUCUUAUCACAGCUUUUGAUACUUUGAAAUUUUACUGCUUUGGUCAAAAUCAAGAUCCAGAUAAUCAAAUUGAUAAAAUAGAAUCAAGUAUUAAAGAACUAACAAAGGCUAUCCAAGAUCUAAAAGAGACUAGGGAGCCAACCAUUUAUCAUGACCAAAGAGGCAAACUAAAACCUUGA